CCGCGGAGGGCAGCUGGAGAGAACGGGCGCAGAGAAGAGCACCCUCCGUGCCCAGAUGCCAGAGUAGCUGCCCUGCCCCCUGUUGCCCAGCCCAGGGGCGGUCACGGAAGAGCGAUGGAGGCCUGGCUGGGCAGGCUCCGGCUAUGUGUAAUGCUGCUUCAGCCUCUCCUCCAGCUCUGCCAGGAUCAGGAGCUGUUUGGACCUUCUCUUCAGACACCGUCAGAGGAGGGUCAGGCCCCUAAGGGCCUCUGGGGGCCUUGGGGCCCGUGGGCCUCCUGCUCCCAGCCCUGUGGGGUGGGGGUGCAGCGCAGGAGCCGAACAUGUGAACUGUACCCAGGCCUGUCCCUCCCUCCCCGGCCCCCCAGACACCCGGAAGUCAUCCGGCCCCGGGGCCAGGGCUCCAGACCCCAGCCGCCCCGGGAUCCCCAGUCUCUGUACAGGCCACAGCCUCGGGGAAGGGGUGGCCCUCUUCGAGAUGCGGCUUUUCAGCUGGGGAGAGAGGAGACUCCAGGGGCCCAGAGGUCCCGGGUCCGAGACCCUAUCAAGCCAGGGAUGUUCGGUUAUGGGAGAGUGCCUUUUGCCCUGCCUCUGCACCGGAGCCGCAGGCACCCCCACAGACCUGGGCAACCCCAGAACUCUUCCAUAGCAGAAGAGAGCCUUGCAUCCCAGCCUCCAAGCGCAGAACUGGCCUCUGAAAACCAUAGCCCCCAAAUGCAGUUCCCUGAACUGCCUACCCAGCACCGUUCUCUCCCCACCGAGACUCCAAGCCCUGCAAAUGCUCAGACAGAGGUGCCCCCCAGAACCGGUUCUGCUCCCUUCAAGCCGGGAAUCCCUUCACCCACCUCCUCCUCUGGAGACAGGAGGUCUUUCCAGGGAGCCCCUGGGCCUCGGCUGCCAGCUUCUCAGGGAGGCUGGAACCAUCCCCAGGGAGCCCAAUUACAGCCCCACCCUUUCCCUCCUGUCCCCCGGAGUCAAGGCCAGCAGAGCAGGGGCCACUGGAGACAGGGAGGGAGUCCUCACAGGUCCCCAGAGGGCUGGCUGCCUCUGACGAGAGACCCUGGCCCCCUCUGGAGCCUCUUUGCUCCCAGUAGCCCUGUUCCAAAAUGUUCUGGGGAGAGGGAGCAGCUGCGAGCCUGCAGCAGCGAGCCUUGCCCCCCUGAGCAGCCGGACCCCAGGGCGCUGCAGUGCGCUGCCUUUGACUCCCAGGAAUUCAUGGGCCAGCUGUACCAGUGGGAGCCCUUCACCGAAGUUCAGGGUUCCCAGCGCUGUGAGCUGAACUGCCGUCCCCGUGGCUUCCGGUUCUAUGUCCGUCACACGGAAAAGGUGCAGGAUGGGACCCUGUGCCAGCCUGGAUCCUUAGACAUUUGUGUGGCUGGACGCUGCCUGAGCCCCGGCUGUGAUGGGAUCCUUGGCUCUGGCAGGCGUCCGGAUGGCUGUGGGGUCUGUGGAGGCGAUGGUUCUACCUGUCGUCUUGUUUCCGGAAACCUCACGGAUCGAGGGGGCCCCUUGGGCUAUCAGAAGAUCCUGUGGAUCCCGGCCGGCGCCUCCCACCUGCAGAUUGCCCAGCUCAGGCCCAGUUCCAAUUACCUCGCACUUCGUGGGCCUGGGGGCCGCUCCAUCAUCAACGGGAACUGGGCUGUGGAUCCUCCAGGAGCCUAUCCGGCCAUCGGGACUGUCUUCCAGUAUAACCGGCCUCCGAGGGAGGAAGGCAAGGGCGAGAGUCUGUCCGCCGAAGGCCCUACCACCCAGCCCGUGGAUGUCUAUAUGAUCUUCCAGGAGGACAACCCCGGGGUUUUUUAUCAGUAUGUCAUCUCUUCCCCACCUGCGGUCCUAGAGAGUCCGUCCACCCAGCGUCCGGCCCUUCAGCCUCAGCCUGAGAUGCUGCGGGGGGAGCCCCUGCUCGCUUCAGCCCCCCGCCCAGUUCGGGCACCAAGCACGCUCCAGCGUCAGGCGCGGAUUCCCCAAGUGCCUGCUCCGACUGUCGUCAGGACGGCGGGGUCUCCGGUGGGAUUCUGGAAGCAGGCAGGGCACUCCGCGUGCUCAGCGUCCUGUGGGAAAGGUGUCUGGCGCCCCCUUUUCCUCUGCAUUUCCCGUGAGUCGGGAGAGGAGUUGGAGGACCAGAGCUGUGCCACGGGUGCCAAACCCCCGGCCUCCCCUGAACCCUGCCAUGGGCCCCCGUGCCCCCCAUACUGGGAGGCUGGUGAGUGGACUUCCUGUAGCCGAUCCUGUGGCCCUGGCACCCAGCACCGCCAGCUGCUCUGCAGACAGGAGUUCGGAGACGGUGGCUCCUCGGUACCUCCAGAGCGUUGUGCCCAUCUGCCCCGGCCCAACAUCACCCAGCCUUGUCAGCUGCACCUCUGUGGCCACUGGGAGAUUAGCUCCCCCUGGAGCCAGUGCUCUGUGCGCUGUGGUCGCGGUCAAAGGAGCCGGCAGGUUCGGUGCGUUGGAAACAACGGUGAUGAAGUGAGCAGGCAGGAGUGUGCUUCCGGGCCACCCCCACCUCCCAGCAGAGAGGCCUGUGACAUGGGUCCCUGUACCACAGCCUGGUUCUACAGUGACUGGAGUUCCAAGUGCUCCGCGGAGUGCGGGACAGGAAUCCAGAGGCGCUCUGUGGUCUGCCUGAGGAGCGGGGAGAGCCUGCAGGGAGACCGGGAAGCAGGGAGCACGGAGCAGGGCUGCCCCCUCAGGAGCCGCCCUCCGGACAUGCGAGCCUGCAGCCUGGGGCCCUGUGAGAGGACGUGGCGCUGGUACACAGGGCCCUGGAGUGAGUGCUCCUCAGAGUGCGGGUCCGGCACACAGCACAGAGACGUUAUUUGUGUGUCCAAACUGGGGGCUGAGUUCAACGUGACUUCUCCCAGCAACUGUUCCCACCUGCCCAGGCCCCCUGCCCUGCAGCCCUGCCAGGGCCAGGCCUGUGAGGACCGAUGGUUUUCUACGCUCUGGAGCCCGUGUUCUCGCUCCUGCCAGGGAGGCACGCAGACGAGGGAGGUCCAGUGCCUGAGCGCCAACCACACUCUGGGCGCCCGAUGUCCCCCUCACCUGCGACCCUCCAGGAAGCAGCCCUGUAACGGCCAACCAUGCAACCAACGCCCGGAUGACCGAUGCAAGGACAGCUCUCCACACUGCCCCCUGGUGGUGCAGGCCCGGCUCUGCGUCUACCCCUACUACACAGCUACCUGCUGCCGCUCUUGCGCGCACAUCCUGGAGCGGUCCCAGCUGGAGCCUGCUUGAACCGGGCCCAGGGGACCCCGUCUUCGUGGUUUUCUCACGCCGCCACCGGUCACCCGCCGACUAGCCACUCUGUGUCCUCUGGCUCUCCACCCGGCCUCAGUCUCACCGGGGUGUCCUCCAGGGUGAGGGAGACCACCGACGUGUUGGGUCUGUACCCCGGGGUGAUGCCCCUGGCCUCCCUGGGCGGCUGCCCCCUCCACAUGUAUAUGGCUUCCUCAAAAGCAGGCUGAGAGAGCAUGGGCCGCGGACCGGGCUGGGGAGGAAGGUUACAUUUCCGCACGAACCUGAGCUACUCCGAGUGUGCUCCCUGAAGGUCCAGUUUUGCGGCCCAGUCAUUUCCGUGUCAGGCCCCUCACGCCCCUCCAGCGACCUUGCUGAUCCUGCCUUAGCUAGUCUCCGCAUCCCUACCUCCCUGAUCAGCUGGAGGUGCCGCUGCUACCCUGCCCUACCCAGGGAGGAGCACCUCUCCAGAGCAGGGACCAGUUUUGUAGAGGGUGAGGUAGACAAAUGUCAGCAUAAAACGCCCUGGCCCCAGCCCCCCGCUUCACGCCGAAAACGAUGCCCACCCCAGAACUAAUUUAUUUUUUAUUAAAGUUGAUUGUGACAAGAAA